AUGACAUCCUCUUCUUCAGAAUUACCCGCUUGGUACUAUCGCGCUUCUGCGGCAGUGAAAAAGAAAAAUGGUGUUAUACUUUGGGAUUUUGAUGAAGAUAUCUCCGACCUCGAUGAAACCAACCCAGACGAAACCGCGGCGUACAACGGACCUGACGGUGCAGAUUACCAUCGCUUGAGAGAGAAACGGGAUGAACGCAAAAGAGAGCUUUUCCAGCGAAAAGAAAUUAUCCGAAAGCGCGCAGAAGAGGCAAGACAGGGGGAGAAAAAUAAGGUUGAAGAAUUCGAUCUUUACUGUAUGGACUACCUUGACUGUUUUUAUGAUUGCAGCCCGCCUGGUUACCAGAGUAGAUACAUCAAGUUUGAAUAUGAGGAUGGAUGCGAGACGCAAAGCAAUGAUCUCAGCGGGCGCAUCUGGCUCAAUCCGAAGGUCGACUUCGACUUGUUCCAUUCAAAGCCCCGGAAGGUUCAAGCCUUGAACAUCAUGCAACUCGCCAAGUCUGCAAUCUCUUUUCACAUUUCAUUGCCAAAUAUGCCAACUCCAAGCUCUUCAUACAACAGUCCCGAGUCGCCCAUGAGAUUUCUCUCGGUGCAAGACGGGACUCUCUGUGAGUUUUGUCGCGAUGAUGAGCUCAUCCAGCCAAUCCAAGCUCGAGCUCUCUCAAUUCGAGGCCAAGUUGCUGUACUGAGGCAGCAUCCAUUAGAGCAAGACGUUGAUGAUGUGAAGCUUGUGUUUCUGAGUUCUUCAAAGCGACCACAAAUUGUAUGGCCGCAUAUCAGACAUGUGUGGGCUUCUCUUGAUAUGAUCCAUAUUGAUGAUGCGAAGGACAUCAACAUGAAGCCGUUGCCUAGAUCUGACCAGGACGAGGCUACUUGGAAAUCUGUCAGGGAAUGGCUUGACCGAUGCGACAAACAUCAUAAAGGCUGUAAAAACAUGAAGACAUCCGCCUGGAAGCCAACCCGACUGCUGCAUAUCCAUCAUACACACGGUACACUUCUAGUCCGCCUAGUCGAGGGUCAGGAUAUUCCUGAUGGUGCUGAAUACCUUACUCUGAGCCAUUUCCGGGAUGCAGGAAACCCUCUCCAGCUGACUCGCAGCAGUAUCGAAGCCUUCAAAUCUUCGGUCCCUACUGACGCACUCUCCCGCAUCUUCAUCGACGCAUGUGAUACUGUCAAAAGACUGAACCACGAAUACCUCUGGAUUGACUCACUCUGCAUCAUCCAAGACGACCCUGCAGGUUGGGAACAUGAAGUCGGACGGCUGGCUUCUGUCUAUGGGAACUCAUGGCUCAACCUCUUAGCUGACGGGGACGGUGAGCCUGGCCACGGGCUCUUCUGUCCUCCUGAGAAACGCGCCAGCCGCCCAUGGUACCCAUAUCACAACUGGUGGGAAUGCAUCUCAGACUCAGAGUUGAAUCAAGGAGCGUGGGCUCUCCAGGGACGUGUUUUAGCACCAAGGGUACUACAUCUAGGACUUGAACAAGUUGCUCUCGAGUGUUGCUCGAACGCAGUGUGCGAGCGACUGCCAUAUGGUCAUCCGGCAAGAAGACAUGACACUGCCGUAAUGACUACACUGAAAAAGUUUGUUCUCGACGCGCGAAAUGGAAACUUGGAUAAUCUAACGCUUGAGAAUGUUUUUCGGAACUGGAAUCAAGUAGUUCAAGCUUACGCCCAGGGACAGCUCACGGUUGCGACUGACAAGCUUGUUACACUAUCAGGCCUUGUUGAUGCGCUCUACCCUGUCUUUCAGCAUAUGAUGGAAUCGUCAGAACUUUUCCUCGCUGGAUUAUGGCGGCCAUAUAUAGAGAUGCAGUUGGUAUGGCGAGCAAUGUCAAGCAAAUAUUCAUUUGAAUAUGAUGGCAACUUACCUUCGACACCUGGCAAGAGAUACGACGAGUACAUCGCUCCAACGUGGUCUUGGUGUUCUGUCAAGGAUGCUGUCAUCGAACCGCAGGAAGUGAGAUCGGUGGAUAUUUACUUCGCCAAACUCAUCGAUGCAAGUAUCAUCCCCCAUCAAAAACUCAAUCCCACAAUACCUUCGAGUGGUUUGAAGUACUGCUCCGCCCCCGGUUCGUUUCUCUGUCUGCGGUGCUCUUACCUACCCAUUGCCGAAUUGGGGCCGGUCAGCGGCGUGAGGCUUGUGAACGUUGGAGCCACGACUCGUGAGAGAGGCCGUGGUGAUGAAGCAAUCGACGUUCAAAGUAAGAACUACUGGGAUGUGGAGUUCAACCUAGAGGCCAUAAACUGCAAGUCGCCCAUUGCGGUUCCUGUCUUUGCAAACAUGGCGUACUUCACCAACCCCGUACAUUGCCUCGUCUUGGAUGAGCGACAAGAUGAGAAUGGGAAUCGAUGUUACGUUCGAGUUGGAGCUUUUGUGGUUACCCAGCCUGAAAAUGUUCAGAGGUUUUGGAAGGGAGUUCAGGAUUUUGAUAGACUUGUGCCGGAGCAAUGUGAGAGGUUUGAUGGGCUGUAUAGGUUCAAGGAACUGCAGCGGAACAAGUCUAAGUAUGUGAGGAUGGAUGGAGUUUUGCAGCGGGUUAUUGAGAUCAGGUAG